UGGAUCCAAAAUCAUGGAUCACGGAUCAAGAGCUGGGGGAAGUGUUUGAGAAAAUUAAAGUAGAAAAAUGUGGAACAGAAAACAUCACAGAGAGUUUGGGGAUUAAAAAUUUUCAUCAACAACGUGAUGCUGCCGAAUGCCUGGAGUUGAUUUUACAUAAAGUCAGUCCAAACGCCUCUGAGGUUUUCCAAGGAGAGCUGAUAUACAUGACAAAAUGCUCCAAAGGCCACAUCAUCAACGAAGAGACAAAUCCAUUCUGGACUCUUCCACUGUCGCUAACAAAUACCCCUGAUGCAACCUACAACGUGGUAAGAGGCUUUGAAAGGACUUUUGAGACAAAAUCAUACAGUGGAGACAACAUGGUGUACUGCAGCGAGUGUGAAAAGAAAACAGAAGCGACAAGUGGAUGUGACAUGGAUACAUUUCCCCAGAUUUUGGUCCUACUCCUGAAGAGAUUUGAAUUUGACUUCAACACCAUGUCAUAUUUCAAAUCAGGCUGCAGUGUGGACGUGCCAUAUACAUUACAGAAAAAGGCAAGGGGGAGAAACUUUAAAAGAUGUUCAUUAAUACACUUUUAA